AUGUACGUGAGCUACCUAUUGGAUAAGGAGGUGCCCAUGUACUCCAGCUCCGUGCGCCACUCGGGGGGGCUCAAUCUGGCGGCGCAGAACUUUGUCGGCGCCCCGCAAUACCCGGACUACGGAGGAUACCAUGUGGCCGCGGCCGGGGUGAACCUCGACAGCGCCCAGUCCCCGGGCCCCUCGUGGCCCUCUCCCUACGGCGCUCCGCUGCGGGAUGACUGGAACGGCUACGGGCAGGGGGGCCCGGCCACUGCGGCGGCCAGCGCGGUGCACGGGCUGAACGGCGGCGCCCCCGCCGCGGCCCUGGCUUACAGCCCGGCUGACUAUCACCACCACCACCACCACCACCACCCGCCCCCGGGCCCGGCGCCCCACGCCUCCUCCGGGGGCAUGCAGCAGCUCAACGCCGGCGCCCCGGCCGCAGAACAGCUCUCCCCUGGCGGCCAGCGGCGGAAUCUGUGCGAGUGGAUGAGGAAGCCGACACAGCCCGCCCUGGGCGGCCAGGUUAAAACCAGGACAAAAGAUAAGUACCGCGUGGUGUACACGGACCACCAGCGGCUGGAGCUGGAGAAGGAGUUUCAUUACAGCCGGUAUAUAACGAUCAGGAGGAAAGCAGAACUGGCCGCUACGCUGGGAUUGUCGGAGAGACAAAAAUCUGGUUCCAGAACAGGCGAGCGAAAGAAAGAAAGAUCAACAAGAAGAAAUUGCAGCAAUCGCAGCCCGGCGCGGUGCACAGCGGCUCGCAAGCGCUGAGCCCGGUCUCCUCCCUCCAGGGAUCAACGGGUCCUGGCCCAGCCGGGGGCGCCCUGGGAGCCGCUGGGGUCUUAGCGCCAUCAGUGACCCAGUGAUCGCAGCCAGAGACUGAGUCGGGGGCGGGGGGGCUUCUGCCCUCCUUGGUGAACAGGAGCCCGACAUUCACAGAACCCAUCGUGGAAAAGGUCCCUGGUCACCCAAAGACAUGGACAGAGCCAAGGCUUUUCCCCUCUGUGCACUACAAUGGCCGCAUUGACCUUCCUCAACCACACUCCAGCCAUUUACUUUUUGUACAAAGUGUACAGUGUGUCUGUUUCCUUGUGCGGGGAUAUUCAUGCUCUUUUGUAUUUUUACACCGGCGUUUGCAAUGCAGAAAAUACCAAUAUAGCCGAGAGCUGAACCGAAAUAGCCUGUAAGUUCUCAAACUCGGGAUCGGUGUGCAUGUUUUCAUUACACAGGCUGGGCUAGCGAGGAAUCUUAAUAGCAAAAUGUAAAGCACAUUUGCCUUCCCCAACCAUACACCUUCAAAAUGACCAUCUUGCCUUACAGCGGGGGGAAGGUAAGAUAAAAAAAAAAAACACUGCUUAAAUGUUCAGAAGUGAAUUGCUUAAUGUUAGCCACCUGUAAAAGAGCUCAUCAAUCUGGCGCCGAUAGUCACCCCGCCGGGUUUAUUAGCGGAGAAAUUAAGAGGUGAGCUCUCCGGUGGAAACUGCAACCAGCUACACUGGCAAGCGUGAGGAUCCCUGCGGGUGUGAUAUUGUUCCCACGCGGGUUGGGAGGAGGGAGUUAAGAAAUGCACCCAGUGGCAUGUUCUGUUGUUGAAAUUAUGCGAUUUCUUUUCUCCCUAACCGAACAGCUUCAUAAACACACGAGCCUUCCUGGUUUUCCAGGCUUUAUCCAAGCUUUAUGAUAGGGGGGAAAUUGAAAAGAAAGACCCCAGGGGACCCUCUGAGCGGUAAGAAGGGUUCUUCAACAAAGCUGCCUGGAACACAGACAUUUGGGGGUUGGCAGGUUUCAAUCUCUUUAUUAAAUGGGGGAGAAAGACCAAAAUAUGGGUUCUUUCGCCAGAUCUGGACACUGAUGACAGCAGGGGGGAAAAUCUCUGCAGUCCCUGGUCAAGCUUCAGUUUGGUUUUCAUCGUUUUAUUGUAGUAUUUACUCAACUCGUUAUCCAAAAUCUGGAAAAUUAGUCUUUGAAACACACACUGGCCAAGUCUUUCCAACCAGGUCGGAAACUGCAUGUACUCAUUGCACCUGCCAUCCGAUAGGGACAACCAGCCAGUCUGUACUCAGCGGGGCAUUUGCAAUAUACUUUACCCGGGAUUUCCAGUUAACAGUGUGGCUAUGAGGGUGAAAUGUAUUCGACAUUUCAGACCUGUUAUUGCCUAUGGUAACGCUUGAGCUCCUGGCCCCCCACCCCCAACAUCGUUGGCCAAUAAACUAUGGCCAAAGACAGCAUUGGUGAGGACUUGUUCAUGGUGCAAUUUUUACUCCAUCAUCCCUUCUGGGAAUCUGGUCAACAGCAAUAAUCAAGGGGGAAAAUAGUCUAUUAAAUGCUUCCUGCUAUUUUUAUUUAUAACCUUUCCAUGCUGGUGCAGUUU